AUGUUAGAUAACAAAAAUUAUAAAGAAUUAUAUGUGGAACGAGUUUAUUUAUUGGCUCUCACUUAUAUAACAACAUCAGAAGAUUUGCUUGGUAACAUACAAUUGAUUGACACUGUGGAUACAGCAGCUUCAGCAUGUGAAAAGUUGUUGGAAAAUAUGCCUUCAUAUAUACGUGUAAACUGUUGUACAAAUAGUUUGUGUUUUGAACCGGAAUAUACAAACGAUGUGUUGCAAUCAAUUGUAAUUGUGACAGAUUGGUAA